AUGGCCCGCGUUGGAGCGCGGUUCGCGCAGUCGGGCGUCGUCUCCACGGCGCCGUUCUCCUCCGGCGGAAUCUCCCCGUCGCGUCUCCUCGCGGCCGGCGUCUCCUCGGCGCCCGUCUCCUCCUGCGCGCAAUCGCGGAGGCGGGGGCGAUCAAUCCCGUUCGCGGGCGUUCUGGCCGUGGUCGAUGGGCGCCGAGGGCCCGGCAGCCGGACCCUGCAGCCGAAGCGGCGACCGCGGCAGCGACUGCGGCUGUUGAGCGCGCCCUGGCUCCGUUGGGCAGCGCCUCCGGCCGGUCCCCAUGGGUUCCCAGCAAGGGGGGAGGCAGCAGCAGUGGCGACAGCGGUGGGGGAAGGGGUGACCACUGAGCUCCGGUCACGGCGCUCUCCCACGCGCCGCCGCCCUGGUGGGUUGCGAGUGGGCGGCCGCAUUGUGUUGGAUCGGUUGUCCCGUCGUGGCAAAGGGGCGCCCCGCGCGCUGGAUGUUGAGACGCAGCUGCUUGUGCGCCUUUGGCAUAUGCGCACCUACUAUGCCGUUGUGGGGGCAAUGCUGGAGAACACUGCCGUGUCUCUGAGCCACGUGCCUCUGGCUGCGUGCACGAUGGGCCAUGCGCAGUUGCUGGCCAGUCGAGACGGUGCGUGGCUUCUCCGCCAUGAGAUGGAGAUCGCUGAGGAGGAGCACGUGGGGGAGCCCGUGUUGGGAGCGGAGGCGGCCGCCGAGAUGGAAGGCGUGGGCUCCCGAGUGCAGUCACACUUAGCUGUAGACUUGAUAAACGGGCUCGUGUCAGCACUCCGUCUUGGUGACGGGUUGACGAUGCGGCUGCUAGAACAGACGGGAGUGACGCGGUGGUUGUAG